AUGGAUUCUGAUACCACAAAUAGUGAGGAUAAUGUCACAAUUGUGGACUUUCUUAACUCAUCAGAUGAUGAUGAAGAGGCAAACAUUUUUGUCCAAUUGUUGAUGUCACUUACAAACAGACUUAAUAGGCAACCUCGUCAUAAUUCUGCGUUAACAGGACGAGAAUAUGCUUUAGAACAAUUGUAUGGGCAUCCUGAAAAUAUGUUCGAAAUAUGUUGUAUGCACCGAGAUACAUUCGAAGCAAUUGUAAGGUUAAUUCAAGAUCGCAACCUACUGCCUUCUUUAAGUAUAUCAACAGAAGAAUCACUAAUGAUGUUCUUAAGAACAAUUGCUCUCUCAGACCGUAAUAGAGAGAUACAAGAUAGAUUUGUUCAUUCUGGAGAGACAGUACACCGGUAUUUUGUUAAUGUGCUUACCGCAUUGUCUGCGUUAGCACCUGACGUUAUAAAACCACCAAAUAUGAACAUCGUCCCCCCAAAGAUUCGAUACAACCCUAAGUACUAA